UCUUCCACGCCGCGCGGCCGACGCGCGGAGAAGCAUGUGCUGCUGCACGGAGGCGAAUCGUCGCCUCCGUCCCGCCGCCCGCCGCGUCCGCGCCGCCGUCACCUCGACGCUCGAGCACCGGCAGGCCUGCGCCAGAUCGGAUCGAUCGGGUCGAAUCGAGCCGACCAGCCAGCUUCUCCACGUCCACGUCGGCGCGCGCGUCCGGCGGGGAGGCGAUGGCGGGCGGCACGGAGGCGCCGCGCGUCGUGGAGGACUGCCGCGGCGUGCUGCAGGUGCUCAGCGACGGCACGACCGUGCGCUCCGCCGCCGCGCCGUACACGGUGGAGGACCGCGACGACGGCCGCGUCGAGUGGAGGGACGCCGUGUACCACGCCGCCCACGGCCUCGGCGUGCGCAUGUACAGGCCUGCGCGCCGGGAGGGGAAGGGGAAGGCGCGGCUGAGGCUGCCUGUGCUGGCCUACUUCCACGGCGGCGGCUUCUGCAUCGGCAGCCGCGCCUGGCCCUCCGUGCACGCCUGCUGCCUCCGCUUCGCCCACGAGCUCCCCGCCCUCGUGCUCUCCUUCGACUACCGCCUCGCCCCCGGCCCUGCUGACGGAUCUGGGUCUGACGAGGACGUCCAAUCCUGGCUCGCCGACUCCGGCGCCGACCCGGGGAGGCUCUUCGUGUCCGGCGACUCCGCCGGCGCCAACAUCGCGCACCACAUGGCCGCCCGGUUCGGCGCGGCGGGGCUGGACCUCGUCAAAAUCGCCGGGUACGUCCUCAUCAUGCCGGCGUUCACCUCCGAGGCGCCGACGCAGUCCGAGCUGGGCUCGCGGGGCAGCGCGUUCCUGAGCCGGGACGUGGCGGAGCGGUACAACCGGCUCGCGCUGCCGGCCGGCGCCAACAAGGACUACCCGCUGAUGAACCCGCUCGGGCCGGACAGCAUGGGCCUGGGACCCGUCGGCGGCCGCGUGCUCGUCGUCGUGGGCGGCGACGACAUGCUGAAGGACAACCAGGUCCGGUACGUGGACGGGAUGAAGGCCGCGGGGAACGACGUGGAGCUCGCCGUGUUCGCCGGCAAGGAGCACGGCUUCUUCUCCAGGGACCCGUGGUCGGAGACCAGCGGCGAGGUCGUGCGAGUCGUCGGCCGGUUGGGCAGAGACGCAGCCGAUUCAACCGGCGUCGGCGGUCAGGACUAAGUAGUGAUAAACGUGCUAGUAAUCUGUUUGGCAUGCAAAGUAUCGGGCGAUGCCAUCAUUUCGAUGCUUGCAUGCUAUCAAUUCGAAAAUAAAAUGAUUUAGGUGGCUUAAUAGUGUGCUUUGGGUGGCCACUGUAGUGGUUCUCUUCCACUAGAGCCUCCGUUCCUAAAUAUAAGUAUUUUUAAUUUUUUA